CUUAGGCCUCCCAUAUGACCAUAGAAUUGAUCUUUGGUCUCUUGGAUGUGUACUGGCUGAGCUAUGCACUGGAGAGGUGCUCUUUCCAAACGAGGAAAUUCCAGUAUUGCUUGCACGCGUGAUAGGAGUACUUGGUCCCAUCGACAUGAAUAUGUUAUUGAAAGGACAAGAGACAGACAAGUAUUUUACAAAAGAAUUUGACCUCUAUCAAAUAAACAAGGUUUGUUCCUUCGCAAAUCUCUUGGAUCCUUCGAUAUAUUACAUGUGUAGUAGUCAUUUAGUAUUUCAUUAUUUAUAUGAACCCCUUUAUGUGUACUUUGUUUAGGAGUAACAUAGUUUUUCAUUCAUGUAUACAACUUUUAUAGAAACUAGUGCAUAUUCGUCAUUUUUGUGUUUCUCUGUUAUAGGAGACGAAUCAAGUGGAAUACAUAAUACCUGAGGAGACAUCCUUGGAGGAUCAGUUACAGGUCUUCUCUGAUCCUUUGUUCAUUGACUUUGUAAGCAAUCUGCUUCAAAUUAAUCCUAAAAGCCGACCCACCGCUUCUCAGGCUCUUCAACACCCCUGGCUUCUUUCGUGAUACAGCAUAAUCCAUGUUUAGAUUUUUCCAGUAUCAUGGAUUUUAUUAUAAUUUUUUUUUAAAUUGAAAUCCCAGUUCGGAGCUGGAUUUGGUUCUCAAUCCCAAAGUCUUCCACGCAGUUUAAAAAAUCCAAUAUUCACAUCAGGUUAUGUUUAGUCCAUACAUACACUAGCAAUAAAAUACCGUAGGUAGUCUUGAUCCUUGUAUAGCUGUUUGAAUUUUCUUGCUGUUUACAAAUUCUUUGUUUACAUGUCUUAACGUAGAUGUAUAUGUAACUGGGCGUUUUGUUUGUUUUUUUGGAUGACACUGAUAAUCCGGUUCACUUGGAUGACCUACCAGAAUAUUUUAAUAAUAAUUGUUUGAAGUUUCCUCAUUC